AUGUAUGCUUUUCUCUAUUUUGUGGUCCUUCAUUCCUCUAUUCUGGUGCUUGGUGCUGAUUUUCUUCGUUAUCCUCGUGUUCUCGCUGUUCCUCAUACAGCUUCUGGACCAAAAGAUAGGCAUGCCUGUGGAUCUGUACCUAUGAAUGUGACUAUGAUAUAA